UACUGUGUUUAAGGUAUGACUGUAGCUGACGUAAUUGAGUUCAGUUCUGGUGAAAGUGUCAGUCUGCCCUGUUAUAAUGCUCUUUCUGGCUGCACAUCAACUACAUGGAACUAUAAUAACAAAGAUUCAGAGACAGUUGAACUGAUUGCUGGAGGGAAAAAGAAGAAUGACAUAGAGAGACGUGAGAGACUGAGUCUGGGGUCUGACUGCUCUCUGAACAUCAAGAAAGUCACACAAGAAGAUUAUGGGCUUUACACCUGCCGACAAUAUGUGAAUGGACAACAAGGAACUGAUGCACCCGUUUAUCUGCAUGUUCUUCAUAUCUCUUCAUCAUCCUCACAGACUGAGAUCAGAUCAGGCUCUGUGACUCUCUUCUGUCAGUUGUAUUCAUAUGAAGUCUCUUGUGAUACUUUGGUCCGUUCUGAGGAACUUCAGUUGAUCUGGGUGAAUCAGGCUGGUGUAAGUGUGAUGACAGACUCCAGAUAUCAGAUAUUAUUCUCAUUAAAACACUGUAUCAGCACUCUGACUACAACACUCCUGAAUGAAGAUCACAACAGAGAGUUUAGAUGUCAGGUUACUCAGAGAAAUCAACUGAAGACCUCAGCCACAUAUACUGUCAAGUAUUCAGCUCCAACAAAGACAAUGACUACAGUCACCAGCUCGAAGACAACCCCAACUGUAAAUAAACCAGUAACUUCUACACAACCAGAGAUUGUGAUUGUUGCUGUUUCUGCUGCAUUGGCUCUUCUCCUUCCUGCUGUUAUUCUUUGGGUGGUUUGUAAAAAAAGAGGUGAUAUAAAAAGAGAGACUAAUGACUCUGUGGUCACAAAUAUGAAUAAAUAUAAUGGAGCCAAGGAUACAAUCAAUAUCUCCAUUCAUCAUACUGCCAGUGCCAAUCUAAGUGAACCAUAUGAUUCAUCUUCAAUAAGCAAUUCAUAUCUGUGUAUAUUUGACAGUGUCUGUAGCCUAUAUUAUCCCUCGUAAUGUUAAGUAUAUACCAUAAUGUACAUUACAAUUGUUACACGGCUAUUCACCAA